CGGGCAGUUUAAUAAAUUUGUUCACCUAACGGUUGUGUGUCAUUAUGGAGAAUAAAGCAAUCCAGCAGCAAACAAAGUAUGAAACAAAUGCACUUGUUGGCUCACCAAUCGAACUGAAUGUGGUAUAAAUAUGAAGUUUCGAUAGUUCCGUACUUCAGUUGUGCUCUGAGUCCAGCGAGAGAAGUCGAACGAAUACAAAGGCAAAAUGAAAUUCUUCAUUGUGAUCCUUGCACACGUUGCACUGGCAUACGCUGAAGAUGAAUGGAUGCCGAAAAAUAUGGCAGAGCUUAAUGUUAUCCGCCAGGAAUGCCUUAAGGAUUUCCCACUCAACGAUGAAUACAUCGAAAAAAUGAAGAAUUUCGAAUAUCCCGAUGAAGAGCCCGUACGUAAGUACUUGCUUUGUACCGUAAAGAGAUUUGGUAUCUUUCGCGAGGGUGAGGGCUAUAAUAUUGACCGUGUUGCCAAGCAAUUUAAAAUGGAUUUGGAUGAGGCUGAGGCCCUUGCCAUUGUUGAGGGUUGCGUGGAUAAAAACACAGAAGGUAGCAGCGAUGAUGUGUGGGUCUAUCGUUGUCGCAAGUGUGUGAUGGCAAGCAAGAUCGGUGAUCGGGUGAAGGCUAAAAGCAGGGAGUAGUCAUACAAGCAAUAAAUUAUAAGUACUGUUAUUCGUUGAACAAUAAAAAAUAUUUUAUUAAGUAUUUUAAUGUAGUGGAAGUGGUAAUUUAAUUUUAAUUUAUCCUAUAUAGACCUGUUUUGGAAUAAAACUUCUUAGAAAAACGAAAA